GACACGUCACGACCACGAAGGAAUAGAACACGGAAGUAGGAAGCAUUCGUGGGAAUUUCAGAAUCACACAUCAGCUCACCCAAUUUAUGAAAAUGACAGGAUCUAAAGCACAAAAUAUCAGCUCUAUCCCAAUCGACGCCUUCAGCAAGCUGAGGGUCACUUCUAUAUGGACGUUCCUGCAAACUAUACAGUGGUCUGAGCCAUGGCUUGUAGGGCUCGUGACGUUCCAUGUUGUCUGUUUCGUUGCAACUCUGUUUACAUGCAGACACUACCGUCUUCAGAUAUGUCUGUUUCUAAUGAUGGUUGGGAUGGUGGCCAGCGCAGAGUAUUUGAAUGAGUUGGCAGCCAUGAACUGGAGGUCGUUCUCAAAUUUCCAGUAUUUUGACUCCAAAGGAAUGUUCAUCUCCUUGGUGUACUCAAUUCCCCUUCUGUUCAACAGCAUUAUCAUUGUGGUUGUGUGGGUGUACCGCACAUUCUGUACGAUGACAGAGCUUAAGACCCUGCAGCUGAAGAGGAAAGCAGCACGCCAGCAGAGCCAGAAGAAGACCCAGUAAACUGACUCUUUUCACCUCAAACUCCUCCCUCCUGCCAGCCAGUCAGAGAAAAAAAAUCUCUCUUUCACCCUGCCCUUGAAUUGCCUGACUCUCGCCAGAACCUUGUGUAUUUCCGCCCAACUUUAUGGGCCCACACGAGGGUCUGAAAGACCUUCGGAAUCACCCUGAUCCCAAACCAAAAUUUGGAAGAACCAAUCAGGAUCACAGGAUUUUCAGAGAUGUGACAGAGUCAAAAUUGAAAUGUAGUGGAGAAGGAGGAAAAAAUAAGUGAAACGCUCUCAGUUGUUGCAGCAACAAUGGCCGCUCGCAUGGACUCACUCAUCGACAUGGAUUCUGUAGUUUUAACUGUGUUUUUGAAUCUGUGCAAAUUUAAAAUUGCACCUCGUAAAGAAAUUCAGACAAGUGUUUUCCCAAUCACGUGCAAAGACUUGUUGAUAAAACCACGUCUUCACAGACCUCCGCCUAUGCCGUAGCUCCAGAUGGUUUUUGUGAAGUAAGGUGGAACCCAACUAUCUGGCGAGAGUCAGGUUACAUUAGUCCUUGAAGGUCCUCGUUCAAUUAUUACAGGCCUCAGACCUGCAUAGAAAUGGUCACUGUGGCAACUGUGAACUAGAAGAAGACUCAGCAAAGAACACACUCUUCCCUCUAAACUGCCAGCUAGUCAGGGAAAAUAUAACAUGAAGGUCCUCAUGCAGGAAGACCCAAUAAAAAAACUCUUCCCUACAAACUCAGCUUUCCCACCCGCAAGGUCAAAUACAGCACUGAAAGAUCUCAAGGGUGGUAGCUGAAAGCAAGGUUGGAACUGUAGGCAACAUUGAACAUUUCCUUGUAGACACUCAUGAUACAUUUGAAUUGAUUGGUAAUUUCAGAAUUAUGUUGUUGUCUUUCAGCCCUUCUUUGAAGGUUGUCAGUCAUCACAGGUCUUGAACCAGAAAUUUUCAUUGUGGCCAUUGUCACCCAGUCUCUCUCAUUUUGCCCUCUGACAACUCAGUUUAUUUUCCCUGGUGCCCGGACCCCCGGAUCAGCCGUGGUUAAUCUGGAGCUGAAUGUCAGUCAGUUUCUGAAAAAGCUUUUUUUCCCCCAGACAUCACCUUGUUUGAGUUUGCACAAUCCCCUUUAGCCAUUGUUCCUAAUCACAAUUGUGCAUUACUGGGUGAUUGUGGAGCAAUGUACUAUGUAUUCACCACAUUGAGCUGUUGGCCUAGUUGAUAAGAUAUUUUUUAAGACUUUGUGUUCAGUGUGGUUACUUUAUUUGUCAAAUUUUUGUGGCCAACAUUGACAGUGUGACUUCUCUGCUCAGAGUGUGUUUCUGUUUGUGCAGAUACAUACAGCACAUGUGCACAUGAUACACUGCUCAUGCAUGCUUGUGCGUAUGAGACGUUACAAUGCAAAAAAUGUAUUGCAUGGGACCAAAGGUGUACUUUUUUUUGUUUCUGAAUACCGGCAGUUGUACUACUGCAGGUACUUGUGAUUCACAAGUGUCCCACUUGAUGCACAUAUGUACAUGUAUAUUCUCUCCCCCGCUCACAGACAUCCAGUAUGUUCAGUAGAGGGCCAGGCAUGCCCUCUUCAUGUAUUCACAUGUGAUCUUGUUGUCUUGUGUAUACCCCCUCUUACCCCUAGUCUCACUCUUUCUUUCCGUCUUUCUCAUAUUCUCAUAUACCUUGUCUCACAUCUUCCUCUUUCUUAAACCCCCCCCCCUCUCUCUGAAUUUACUGUCUGUGAAGGCAAGGCAUUAAACCUCCAGAAUGCUUCUAUUUAUUAAGGGCAUCUGAUGGUAAAGGUGAGCUCUACUUGUCUACUGUGUGGAUGGGUGGCUGAUUUUCUUCUCUCAUGUAGUAUGGUAUAUUUUAUGCAUCUUUAACAUUGUGUAAUUGUUUUUAAUAUUUGUUUUUUUUAAAUUAUUAUUUAAUUUCUUAAAAGCUAUACUUGGGGGAGACAUUGGCUUUGAACAAGUUAUCAUUGUACAGAAAUGUUGUAUUUGUCACGAUGGGGCUGGGUCAAUAAAAGAUGUGUU